GCUGUUUCUCCUCGGGACUUCAGAAAAUCAAACACGUCCAUAACACUGCAUUGGAAUGCUGAGAGCAAAAUGUGCCCAAGUCUUCUCACAGACAGUAAAUUUGAAUACAGAUGCAACUGUUCCGGUGGAGGUAUAAUGGGAAAUUGGUCAAACCAUACAUGUAAAAUAUACAACCUGACGGAAUACACUGACUACACAUGUUCUUUGUUUGCUUUCUACAAUGGAAGACAACACAAAAUUAAGGAUUUCCCUAAAACUAAGACAGACGCUGGAAAUACGAAUUGGAAAGGACCAAGACAAAUGUACAAUGCAAGGUUAAAAAGAGAUGGCCGCAUUGAAAAAACAUUUGACAAGGAGGCAGUCUGUAAAUUUCCAUUUCAGGAUCUUUCGUAUUUUACGUCGUAUAUUGUUGAGGUUGAAGCAUUCAAUGGACAUCAUAGUGGUAAACCUCACAGAAUAACAUUCAAAACGAGUUACAAUGACAAAGCUCUGAUUGGAUUUCUGGCAUUUCUCAUUGUUAUCACAUCUGUGGCUCUUCUGUUUGUUCUGUACAAAAUCGUUUUACUUCAGAGGAGAAACUCAAACAACAGCGAUGAGCAUGUGCAUCUCAUGCCACUUGAUGAUGAAGCCAACCUACUGAAUGUGGAGCCCAUCGGAGCAGAACACCUCUUGGACACCUACAAGAGAAAGAUUGCAGACGAAGGACGCCUUUUCCUCGCUGAAUUCCAGAGCAUUCCUAGAGUUUACAGCAAAAUGACAGUGAAAGAAGCCAGAAAAGCCUGCAAUCAGACCAAGAACCGUUACGUUGAUAUCCUACCGUAUGAUUAUAACCGUGUCCAGCUGUUGUCCGCAAAUGGAGAACCAGGGUCUGACUACAUCAAUGCGAGUUUCAUAGAUGGUUACAAGGAGUCAAAGAAGUACAUUGCAGCCCAAGGGCCCAAGGAUGAGACUGUUGCUGACUUCUGGAAAAUGAUUUGGGAGCAACAGACCUCUAUAAUUGUGAUGGUGACUCGCUGUGAGGAAGGAAACAGGAACAAGUGUGCUCAGUACUGGCCAUCCAUGGAGAGAGAAACUGAGAUUUAUGAUGACUUUGUUGUGAAGAUCAGCAGAGAAGACCACUGCCCGGAUUACAUUAUUCGACGCCUCAGUGUCAUCAACAAGAGAGAAAAGAGCUUGGAGAGGGAGGUGACCCACAUCCAGUUCACUAGCUGGCCAGACCACGGGGUGCCCGGCGAGCCCCACCUUCUGCUCAAACUGCGACGUCGCGUCAACGCUUUCAAAAACUUCUUCAGCGGACCGAUAGUGGUACAUUGCAGUGCUGGAGUGGGCCGCACCGGCACGUACAUUGGCAUCGAUGCCAUGAUGGAAGGCAUGGAGGCAGAGGGCAGGAUAGACAUCUACGGCUACGUGGUCAAGCUCCGCCGCCAGCGAUGCCUCAUGGUCCAAGUUGAGGCUCAGUACAUACUGAUCCACCAGGCUCUGAUCGAGUACAACCAGUUUGGGGAGACGGAGCUCUCCCUCUCAGAGCUGCAGCCCAUGCUCAGCACCCUGAGACAGAGGGACCCUCCAUCCGACCCCAGCCUCAUGGAGGCGGAGUUUCAGAGGCUUCCAAGAUACAAAAAUUGGAGGACAUCCAAUACAGGAGCAAAUGAAGAGAACAAGAAGAGAAACCGCUACUCUUCUGUCAUUCCAUACGAUUACAACAGAGUUCUAGUAAAACUUGAGGAGGAGAACAGCCAUGACAGUGAGCACGAUGAUGAUGAGGACUAUUCAUCCGAUGAGGACGAUGAAGAGUCCACCAAAUACAUCAAUGCCUCCCACAUUGACGGCUACUGGGGUCCGAAAGGUCUGAUUGCUGCUCAGGGGCCGCUCCCAGACACCAUCGUAGACUUCUGGAAAAUGAUAUUCCAGAAGAAGGUCAAAACGGUUGUCAUGCUCUCUGACUGCAUGGAGAGAGGACAGGAGCUCUGCUCACCAUACUGGGGUGAUGAGAAGAAGCAGUUUGAAGACAUCGAGGUGAACGUGGAGGCCUGUGAAACCACUCCUGCCUAUGUAAUCCGUACUAUGGAGAUAUGUCACACAAAGAGGAAAGAAAAGCGCAAAGUGUACCAGUACCACUUCCAGAAGUGGGCUGAGCGGGACCUGCCGGAGAACCCCCUGGACCUGGUGGAGAUGAUAAAGAACAUCAAGCAAAAAUGUGGCUAUGGCAACAGCAAGCGCGAAAGGACUGUUCCUAUCGUAAUUCAUUGCCAAGACGGGUCGACACGCUCAGGCAUCUUCUGCGCGCUGUGGAACAUCCUGGACAGCGCGGACACGGAGAAGCUGGUCGAUGUGUUCCAGGCGGCUAAGGCCCUGCGCAAGGAGCGGCCGAGCAUGAUCACCAGCUUCGAGCAUUACCAGUUCCUCUACGAUGCGAUUGAGCGGGCGUUCCCCGCUCAGAAUGGGGAGGUGAAACAGAGCCCCACCUCAGAAGCAGACUCUGUGGAGAUUGUAGAUGAGAAGACGGAGGUAGCCAACGUGCACCCUGAGACCAGUGCUACCAAAGAAGACCACCAGGGGGCAGCAGCAGAGGAUAAGACAGAGGCUGCCAAAUCGGUUGAAGAGGAUACCACCAAACCCAGCAGCUCUUCUGAGAAAGCCCCAGAGGAAGGUUCCUCUAAUGGUCCCACAGCAACAGUAGAGGCAUGAAAAAGUUCCUCUUGUGUGUUUGUAAUCAUAUUGUUCAGAUCUUUACUUCAAUGAGUGAGUGCCACAGUGUGUUACCUGAAAUAUGUGUAGGUAUAAGUAAGCUUGAAGAAUUAGGACUGUUUUGAUUUUUUUGUGAAGUUUCUUGGGGAGUGAAAAAAUGAAUGUACAUGAUAUGCAAGGCCAUUUUAUUGUUAAAUCUUUAAUUUGUGGAUUCUCACUGGAUGCCUUUGUAAACAUACUCUAAAUUAUGAAGUAUGUAUGACAUUAAGGAAUAUAAUUUGGUGUAGUAGUAAUGUUAUUGUAUGUAUAUUGCUAUAAAGUAUGUUGUGAAGUAAAAAUGAAAAACAUGCUCAGUAUCUCACUACCUUGCUAUUAUCAAACUAUUUUAGUGCCUAAUAAAUGUA